CAGGAUUCCAAAAUUAGUAUUUAUCAAAAAAUGUGGCAGUAUAUGGAAAAUCGUAGAGCAUCAGUUUUUGUCAAGACUUACGAGGAUGGUAUAAAACGUGUUAUAGAUGGAAAUUACGCUUUUCUUAUGGAGUCAACCAUGCUCGAUUAUGUAGUACAACGCGACUGUAAUUUAACACAAAUUGGUGGGCUUCUAGAUUCUAAAGGUUACGGUAUUGCCACUCCAAAAGGUUCAUCUUGGCGUGAUCCUAUGUCUUUGGCUAUCUUGGAACUACAGGAAAAGGGUAUAAUACAGAUAUUAUAUGACAAAUGGUGGAAAAAUACGGGUGAUGUCUGCAAUCGGGAUGAAAAAAGUAAGGAAUCGAAAGCAAAUGCAUUGGGCGUAGAAAACAUAGGUGGUGUUUUCGUCGUACUGCUUUGUGGCUUAGCUUUAGCAGUUGUCGUUGCUAUUUUAGAAUUUUGUUGGAAUUCCAAGAAAACGAUACAGCACACCGAAAACCAAUCUUUGUGUUCUGAAAUGGCUGAAGAACUGAGGUUUGCCAUGCAUUGCCAUACAUCGAAGCAACGUCCGUCUCUAAAGCGUAACUGUGUCAAAUGUGCACCGGAUUCUACGUACGUGCCUGCCGACUUGGGAAGUGGUAUACCAAAUAUUAGUGGAGUGCAUUACAAUUAUUUUAAUUAGGAUUUAAUAAAUUUUGAUGAAAAAUAAAGGUAUUUAAUUUUAAUAUUUCACAUAUGUACGUACAUAUAUACAAAUGUAAA